GCUAUUCAGUCAUAAUUAGUUUUAUCUAAUAUUUUAUUAACAAUAUUUAUUAUUAAAAAAAUUAAAUUAAAGAUUUAUAAUUAAAGAUUUCGUAAUACUUUGCAAUACCAAUUUACUUUCAAAAUUCAAUUAUUGAUGUUAUUCUUUCUUGUAAUUAUUUAAUGAAAGUGAUAAGGAUUUAAGGUCUACAUUUUAUUAUAAUCAUUUUGCAUAAAUAUUUUAAUGAAAAGUGAUAUAAAGUAUCAUUUAUUAAAGUGAUUGAGUUGCGUUAAAAGUUAUACAGAAAAUAAAAACAGGGUAUACAAAAAUAUCAUACAACCAAAAAUAUGACCACAAAAUUUCUAUUUAUUGAACCAAUGAAUAUUUUAAGUAUAAUACCUCAGUAUCAUAUAUUGCUCGAAGCAUUCUUAAUAAUGUGGCUCACUUGGUUUAUUAGUAAAAAAUAUUACAGCCAAGACAGAAUGCUAGCUGAAGAUGAAGUAGAAAAAAAACUUGCUGAGUGGAAUCCUGAACCUUUAAUAAAUAAUCCGCAAAUGAAUCAUAUAUCUUUAAAUCCAAGACGUAUAACGUCCAGAGCUGGUAAAAAAAUAGUGGUAGAUGGAAAAGAUUGUUUGAAUUUAGGCACGCACAAUUAUCUAGGAUUAACUGAAAAUAAUGAAAUAGAAAAAAAUGCAAUAGCAGCAAUAAGAAAAUACGGAGUAGGCUCUUGUGGGCCACGUGGAUUUUAUGGUACUGUUGAUGUUCAUCUUGAAUUGGAAGAACGUUUAGCAAAUUACACAGAUACAGAAGAAGCAGUUGUAUAUUCAUAUGGAUUUAGUACAAUUUCCUCUGCAAUUGCAGCUUAUUGCAAGCGCAGGGAUCUUGUAUUUGUCGAUGAACAAGUAAAUUUUGCUAUACAAAAAGGAUUAGAUGCAUCUAAAACUAAUAUUAUUUAUUUUAAACAUAAUGACGCAAAUGAUCUUCAGAAUUUAUUAAUGAAACAAGCAAAAAUUGAUGAACAGAAUCCUAAAAAAGCAGCUAAAAUCAAACGCUUCCUAAUAAUUGAAGGUAUUUAUAUGAAUACUGGAAAUAUCUGUCCAUUACCAGAAUUGGUUGCACUUUGUAGACAAUAUAAAUUAAGAAUAUUUAUUGAUGAGUCAAUAUCAUUUGGAACUCUUGGUGAACAUGGGAAAGGCAUCACUGAACACUUUGGUGUUCCUAGACAGGAAAUUGAUAUGAUUAUGGGUUCUCUGGAUUGGGCAAUAGGAUCUAUUGGAGGUUUCUGCGUAGGUACAUCAUUUAUUAUUGAACACCAACGCUUAUCUGGGCUUGGAUAUUGCUUUUCUGCAUCUUUACCACCUCUUUUAACAACUGCAGCUAUUACUUCUUUAGACAUUAUGAAAAAUAAUCCGCAAAUAUUUAAAUCAUUAAGGGAUAAUUGCAUAGCUAUAAAUCAGGGACUUCAAAACAUUCAUUGCCUGGAAUGUUCAAGUUUCCCAGAAUCCCCAGUAAAACAUGUAUAUUUAAAGAAUAAAAAAGAUCGUGCUGCAGAAGAACAAUUGCUUUCUAAGAUUUCUAAUAGAUGUAUUGAAAACAAUUUAGCAAUUAUAACUCCUGUCUAUUUAGAAGCGGAGAAAAAUUUGCCUAGGCCUAGUCUUAGGCUUUGUAUUUCUACACUUCUCAACAAAAGUGAUAUCGAUUUUGCAAUGAAUGUAUUGAAAAAAUGUGCUGAAGAAGUCCUUAUGAGUAUAAAUUAGAGUGAAAUAAAUUCCAAAUCAAUGUUUUAAAAUUAAUAUAUAUUUUUAUUUUCCACUCUAUAGUUAUUUAGUUAUAUAGUAUGCAAUUAAAAAAAGAUUUCUUAUUGAUUAUAUUGCAAAGUAUUUUUCUUUCCUACAAACUUCAUGUUUUACUUAAUAUUGUGCCAUCUUCAUAUUGUGAUAAACAUUUUAUAAGAUUAAUUAAAUAUAUUAUAAAGAUUAACUUAAAAUCAAUUUUGGAUUAAGUAGAGAUUAUAUUUGUAAUUUUAAAUAAAUAAAUAAAUAU